UCGGACGGGACCCUGGGGGGAGAACGGCCCCUUGGAGCCACGGGUCCCCGUCCCUGACCGUGUUAAAACCCUGAGUGGCCGUGUCUGCCCUGGUGAUGGUUGGGGGGCCGGGCUGUGGCCUGUGGGGUGCACACAGAUCCCUACUGGGCCGGAGAUUUCCCGCCCCACUCCCUGCAACGUGGGGCCCCUCGGCCGGCCCUGGGGACUGGAGAGCACCCCCCGAACGCCCCACCCCAGUCUCCCAGCCAAGCGUGAAAGCAGCCAGCAGCUGUUCAGCCUGCUCGGAGGCCGGAAGGCUGCAGGGGUGGGCAGGACCCUGGGGGGCGGGCGGGGCAGGCAGUGGGGCGCAUCUCCUGCUGAGGGGCACCGUGGAGAAAAGGCAGGACCCGGACGGAGGCUUUGCAAACGCAGAGCCGGCACAGCACACGGGGCUUCUCCUCCGCACCCUGGCACCAGGCGACGUGAACCCCGACCGCCAUGGAGAUGGGGCCAGUGUGGGUCUGUGUCCUGCUCCCACUCUGCCUCCUGCCCGGACACCUCUGCGGCGAGUUCACCACAAACAUGACAACGCCGUGCAGCGAGACCACCUGGAACGUGAGCACGGCCCCCCCGGCCCCCAGCACCCCUCGGCCCAGGCCCCCCGUGGUCAAGGUGCAGACCGGCCUGGCUGCCCCGCUCCUGGCGGAGAACAGCCUUGUGAAGGUGCAGGCCGGCCUCACCUCUGUGACUGUCCCUGAGGGGGGCCGGGUGACCCUGGAGUGCCGGUUCGAAGCCCCGUCCGGGGCCCGGGUCAGCUGGAGCCGAUCCUGCUCUCGGAACUGCAGCGAGCCCAUCCUGGUGGCCAACGGCACCGGCCCCCAGCGCAGCGUGGCCAUCACGGAGGACCCCGGCGUCUCCAUCCUCGCCUUCCACCCCGCCAGGAAGAGCGACAUCGGCCUGUAUUUCUGCCAGGUGUACACGGACGCGGCCUGGGGCCAGUCCUGCGGCACCUACCUGCGGGUCCGCAAACCCGUCCCGGUUCCCUUCCUGAACAUGCGGGAAUCCACCAAGAACCAGCUGAUCACCGCCGAGGGCAUCCUGCUCCUGUUCUGCGCCGUGGGGCCUGGCAUCUUCCUCCUCUUCAGGAGGUGGGAGAAUGAGCGGCUGCUGCAGGCCAAGAAGAACGAGUAUGAAGAGGAGAAUCUCUAUGAGGGCCUGAACCUGGACGAGUGCUCCAUGUACGAGGACAUUUCGCGGGGCCUGCAGGCCACCUACCAGGAUGUGGCCAACCUCCGCGUGCUCGACAUGCAGCUGGAGAAGCCGUGAGGGGGGCACCGGCCGUGACCCGGGGACCCCUUGGUGCCAGCUGGGUCCCUGGGUCUGGUCUCUCCACGGCGGUUUGCCCCAGGGGCUACGGGAGGCCUCUGCCGCAAGCCUGCGUCCCCCUGUUGGGAAGCGCGUGUCCGGGGAGCUGUGUAUAUACCGACCGUUACGCUCUCAGGGCCUGGGAGCCGGGCUGCUCGGCACAAGGGACGACCCACGUUCCUCUCAGGCAGGAGACGCUUAUUUACCUGUUGGGCUCAAUCUCACGUCAAUGGCUGCGCUCCACACUGAGCGAAGUGGCCGGGGAGGUCUCGGCAGAGCCCGCGGCAGUGGGAAGAGUGGAGCCAGGGCUGAGGGGGCCGAGAUCCACCCGGGGACCCUUCGCCAGGGCGCUUGUCUUACGAUGGGGUGGGGGGAGGGGGGCGCAGCCGGCUGAGUCGUUAAUUUGGGUGAGCUAAACUUCAUUAGCGCAGCAGCAGUCAGUUAACGCGGGUCUCUAGGCAGCGUGUUCUGAUUUCAUGUCACAUGCAGCCGUUUCCAGCUCUCUGCCUCUUGCUGUCACUCCAGCCUCUGGUCUCUGCUCAGUAAACGUGACCGUCUUCU